UUUUGUUAGGGGGGUGAGGGGUGGCAGCGAGGAGCUGUGUGCACGUGGAAAGCCGUGCCAGCCUCCUAGUGAAAGCACGGAUUCACAGUACUAAAAGAAGCUUGGAACGUUUCUUUUUCAAUAUUUUUCCUACUUGAUAGCACCGAAUUGUCCGAGAAUCAGGACUCUUUAGAAUGGCGCAGGUUUGGUCAAAGGACAAAGACGAUUUGCAAGUAAAAUGCUGAUAACUCAGGGCUUUUUGCUUUAUAGAGACUGAAAAGUCUCAUGUUUCUAGGAGAGAGACUUAACUGAUCUACAUCCGAGGCAUUUGGGGGGCCCUUUUUCUCCCCUCCCAGCGGACAGGUGUGCUCAUUGUCCUGCGCUGUAGUCACCAGUAACCCUUUUAGUAGAUACUUUUUACUGAUAUUUUUCAGUAAGUGUGACCUAAUAUAGGAAUGUCAGAAAACUGCUAUUGCGUCGAGUUUCACUGAUUAACUAAAGUACUUUUGAGUACUUUUUCCAGACAAACGGAAGGAGAAAAAUCUGGCUGACGGGGAGAAGGAAUCUGAGAGCAGGGCUGAGUUACUGGCAGAGUCUUAUUGUGCCUGACAGACAAUCUCCGGUGGACGAUGCACAGUGAAGCAGUGGAGGAUGAGGACAAAACGACCAGCCAGCAGGUGCUCUUUGUGGCAGACCCCAGACCCGCCGGUCCCCGCUGCUCCCAGCUAAAGAUAUUUAUCGUGGCGCUGUCCUUCGUCUUCUUCUCCAAGGCGCUCGCGGGCACCUAUAUGAAGAGCGCCAUCACGCAGAUCGAGAGGCGCUUUGACCUCUCAAGCUCCCUCACUGGGCUCAUAGAUGGUGGAUUCGAGAUGGGUAACCUGUUGUUCCUGGCUGUGGUAAGUCACUUUGGAGCCAGACUGCACCGACCCCGGCUGAUUGCAGCGGGCUGUACACUCAUGGCAGUCGGCUCUGCCUUUUCCGCCCUCCCACACUUCUUCAUGGGAAGGUACAAAUACGACACUAUUGCAACAGCUUUGCUGAAUGAAAGUUUCAACAUAGUUCCCUGUCUGGAGCCUAAGCGAGAGACAAGCCAACUGGUCAACCACCUGACAACACCCCCCCAGAAUGGAACUACAGAAACAGAACAAGACUGUAAGCAGGACACCGAUUCCUACAUGUGGCUGUACCUCUUCCUGGGGAACGCUCUAAGAGGGAUUGGAGAAACUCCUGUCACACCGCUGGGAAUAUCAUACAUCGAUGACUUUGCGGAGAAGCCCGAGAACUCUGCCUUCUACAUAGCCUGCCUGCAGUCCAUCGCACUCCUUGGUCCCAUGUUUGGGUUUUUGUUGGGGUCCCUGUGUGCCAAACUCUAUGUUGACGUUGGAUUUGUGACCGAAGACAGCGUGACCAUCGCCCCCAGUGACACUCGCUGGGUGGGGGCUUGGUGGCUGGGCUUCUUCAUCUCGGCGGCCAUCAUGUUCCUGGCCAGCCUUCCCUUCUGGUUCCUGCCCAAGUCCCUCCCCAAGGACCCUACAGCCGUACCUCAGUCUCAGAUCGACCCCCCGAGUCCCCCUGCUGAAGAAAUGGCAGACAUCGCCAAGGGUGAGCUUUCACUAGCUCCAGGGGAAGACUUGAAGGUACCUGCAGGGGGCGCUCUAAUGCACAGUCACCAUCUGACAACCCAAAUGGCCCCGGGGGCCUCUGACCAUGUUAUUGAGCCUUUAGGAUUCUUUCCAUCGCUAAGGAGGCUUCUGUGUACCCCUGUUUACUUCCUGCUUCUGUGUGAGAGCAUCCUGAAAUUUAACUCCUACUCCGGGCUGUUCGCAUUCAAAGCCAAGUACAUGGAACAGCAGUUUGGUCAGUCUGCGUUUCAGGCGAACUUCUUCAUCGGUGUGCUGAACAUUCCUGCGGUCGUCGUGGCGAUAUUCCUGGGUGGGGUGCUGAUGAAGCGACUCAAGCUAAACGUGAUUUCAGGAGCUCAGCUGUCUGUGCUCACAUCGAUCCUGGCCUACCUGCUGAUCAUCGCGCAGUUUGGCAUCAACUGUGAGAAUCUCAAGGUGGCGGGAUUAACGGCCACCUACAAUGGGACACCGGGGGUCUUCCCUGACGAGACCAUGAUCCAGUCAUCAUGCAAUGAGGGCUGUUCCUGCCCCACCCAAGACUGGGACCCAGUGUGUUCCGACAAUGGCAUCACUUAUAUGUCACCAUGCCUGGCCGGUUGCACCAGUUCCACGAGGAAAGGGAAGAUCAUGAUGUUUCACAACUGCAGCUGCGUGGGUUCCUCCCCUCCUCCGUCGGGAAGCAUGUCCGUGUCCCUCGGCCAGUGUGCCCGGAGCGAGGUCUGCAGCAUCCGCUUCAUUGCAUACAUGACUCUGUCAGUCAUCUGCUCCUUCAUCGACGCCCUGGGAACCACACCGGGCUACAUGGUCAUCAUAUGGUGCAUCAAGCCUGAGUUAAAAUCCCUGGGUCUAGGAAUCCAAACCCUUGUGACAAGAACUCUGGGGGGCAUCCCAGCUCCGGUGUAUUUCGGAGCUCUGAUUGACACCACUUGCUUGAAAUGGGGUUUCAGAAAGUGCAUGGGGACAGGAGCCUGUCGAAUAUACAAUUCAGAUAUGUACAGAGUGAUAUUUCUGGGCUUAAUAACGUGCUUAAAAGGCUCAUCCUACUUCUUUUACGUUGGCGUGAUUGUACUGCUGAGGAGACAAUCAAGGACGGAAGGGGGCGAGCAUUCGAGUCAGGGCGUGAACCAAGCUGAAGUGGAGCUCCAGCACACCCAGAGGACUUCAGAUGAGUGCUUAACCACUGAGGGACAAAACCAGCAGGGUGGCCCUUCACCAAGGGAAGACAAUGGGCGAGGUGAAGGGGACAGGAUCAUUGACCAGGUUAAUGGACGGUUCCAGGAAGUGAGAGACAAGGCCACCAAUCAGGACAGAGGGCAACUUCAGAAGGAAGCAGCCCAUUGACUAAGCAAGUGGGCAAACACAGAUAUAACAGGAAAGAACUUGGCUAAAAGGCUAUAUCUGCAGAAUGGUGAUGGGACCAGCAAGUCGGCUACAAAACAAUCAGAACUGGCGAUUCUCCACAGCCAGACAGAGUGAGGCCAGCUGAAUCCUUAGCAGAAGGAACAUUGAAUCCCUGUGAUCUACGGCUAAAAGACACAGUGCUGUAAUGUUAUGCAAAAUAGAAAGUUUAUGUUAGGGAUGUCAUAAUAGGUACGAUUUUGCCCAUUUCUGCAUAGCUUUUUAGAAACACAACAUCAUUGUGUACCGAGGCGGGGUUCCUGUUAUUCUGGGUAAAUAAUGCAGUCUGUCAGUAGCUUUGUGUAAUGAUUGGUAUUAAUUUGACAUAAGUAGGGUGGAUGAUGGUGGUAAUGUGUAAGCGAGUAUGGGUGAUUAUACGGUACGUGCUGCCCCUGGCCAUCUGCUCCGCGGGAAUCCACAGCAGUUAAUCAGCCCCAUCCUGUGGGGCAGACGAGUGGCUGUCCCAUUAACUGGAUCAUUUCUGGGCCCUGUAUCCCCAAAGCCCCACUCCACAGACACCAGGACACCUCAUAGGCCUAAGCUCAAAGGUCAAGCACUGGGCAACCAAUCACAGCUAUGCCUGGAGCUGUUGCCCUCUCAAUGUGAAUGCAGUUAAUUAAAAAUGGCUUCUUUUUUUAAACCAGCUACCUGCCUCUAUUUGUAUUACAAUAAAUAUUGCGGAAAUUGUCA